UCCCGCUCGUUAGCUAAUGGCUUCGUCUUUUCUCCCUCUCUCAUAUUUCGUAUGGGUCAACCCCUCGUCUCUUUUAACGGAUAGGGUACGGAGCACAGGAGUCCGGUUUCGGUCUCUUUCCACGAGAGAUGGGUCGACGAAAGAGGGGAGGCAAGGCGGAGCUAGGGUUCCAAUUUGCCGGGCGGCUCCCGUCGUCUUCCAAAAUCUUGAGGCUGAUGAUUUUCGGCAUCCACUAGACAAGCAGAACACGUUUCUUUUGAGGAUGAUUCCUGGACUGAAUGAACUAGGCAAAGCUUUGUUAGGUCCAGUUGCAGAGCAGGUUUUGUUUUUUGAAAAUAUAGGAACGUCUGUGCUUGUUUCAGAAAAACAGCUAUCUGAUCUUUAUCAGCUGUUGCUUGAGGCUGCCAAAGUAUUAAAUAUAGAACCUCCUGAUUUGUAUCUCCGUCAAAAUCCUGUCCCAAAUGCAUAUACUUUGGCAAUCGGUGGCAAGAAACCCUUCAUUGUUGUCCAUACAAGUCUUGUUGAGCUUCUUAGCAGAAAGGAGUUGCAGGCUGUUUUGGCUCAUGAACUUGGUCAUUUGAAAUGUGACCAUGGCGUGUGGCUCACUUUUGCGAACAUCUUAACACUUGGAGCUUACAGUGUACCUGGCUUUGGUGGGAUUAUAGCUCAGAGGCUGGAAGAACAGCUAUUGAGAUGGCUUCGAGCCGCUGAACUAACUUGCGAUAGAGCUGCACUUCUUGUUGCUCAAGAUCCGAAGGUUGUCAUCUCUGUUCUGAUGAAACUCGCCGGAGGAUCGCCUUCUCUUUCAGACCAGCUAAAUGUUGAUGCAUUCUUGGAACAAGCUCGAUCAUAUGAGAAGGCUUCUUCAAGCCCAUUUGGAUGGUACAUAAGGAAUGCUCAAACAAGCCAGCUAUCCCACCCUUUGCCUAUUUUCCGUGCUCGAGAAAUAGAUGAGUGGUCCAGGAGUUCAGAGUACCAGUCCCUAUUAAAAAGGGCAACGCAAUACAAACCCCCUCAAAGAGUAUAGAUUCCAUCAAAUACAUGAUUAUGAAAGGACUUACUGAAGUCCUGCAUGUAUAUAUACACACAUAGCAAACAUAUAUACCUCUUCAGAUGCUGGUGCAAAUGUGAUUGCAGGUUGGUUCUAAAUGCUAGAAACAUGCAUAUAUAGUUCAAACAUUACAGUCUAAUUAUCUUCUUCCAUCCUGUAUAUGUGGUAUCUCUAUGCUGCUGCUUGAUAGCCUUAGGCUUCAUUUGGGACGACUUUUUUAUUGCUUCGUAAAACAAAUUUUUAGUAAAAAAAAACUGCUUUAAGAAGCUGUAAAAAAGUCGUCCCAAAAAAAAAUCUUUGUCAAUAUCAAAUAGUGGAUGAUGUAAAUUUUUUUUCCGAACUUUGUGUGAAUUUAAAUCUCAAACGCGCAUAUGAUGUAACAUCUCAAACAUGUCUAUCUCUUGGCUAUAAGUUUUAAGCUUCCAAUCAAUAGAUGAAGAUGAGUUGUCAUA